UAUCUGUUGAAUGGGUGGAGAAGUGAGCGGCUUGGGGGAUAAGAAAGGGUAUCCCAUCUAAAUUUUGACAAACCAGCGUUAUGAACACACCGCACCUACGUCAUUUCAAUUCAAACACAUCUUCCAGAAAAAGAAACCGAUAGCAAUUUGCCAAAAGAAGACUACGGUACGUCCACACAAAACAGUAAAAGCCACUUAUUGUAUUUAUAAAAAAUUAUUAUAAUAUAAUAACAUAUCAAUCCAAUCGCUGCUCUCUCCUUUACUGUCCCGGAGGCGUAGCGAUUCCACCAUGAUGAGUUCUCAUCCACUCUUGAUGCUGAUCUUUAAUGUUUUCCUUGCAUCUUUCAUGCUUCUUCUGACUAUCAAACAUGUAAAGCAGUCGCUGCGAGCAAGGAAGCUUCCUCCAGGUCCAAGGAGGCUCCCUCUUGUAGGAAACUUGCACCAGCUAGUGAAUCCAAUUCACAGAUCUCUGCUGCACCUAGCAAAACAACAUGGCCCUAUUAUGUUCUUGCAACUAGGCUCAAUACCCACUGUAAUUAUUUCCUCAGCUGAUAUGGUGAAAGAAAUUUUCAGGAAACAUGAUAUUGUGUUUUCAGGCAGACCAGUUUUAUACUCUGCCAAUAAAUUGGCUUACAAAUGCUCUGACAUAUCCUUCUCGACCUACGGGGAAACAUGGAGGGAGAUGAGGAAAAUUGCAACGACAGAAUUGCUUAGUGCGAAGCGAGUGCAAUCCUUCCAAGCAGUGCGAGAAGAAGAAGUGAACCUGAUGCUUGAUUCUGUAGCUCGUUCUUCGGGUCCGAUCAAUCUAAGCGACUUGUUAAUUGUCCUGACAAAUAAUGUUAUUUGUCGCGUAGCUUUGGGUAGAAAAUACAAAGGUGGAUUUGCUGGCGAAAUUGCUGGAGUUGAUGAGUUGCUUCGGGAAGUAGAAGAGUUACUUGGAGGUUUUUGCAUUGCAGACUUCUUUCCAUGGCUCGGGUGGCUCUGCAAGUUCAAUGGCCUAGAAGCAAGGGUGGAGAAAAUUUUCACCGAACUUGACAAUAUUUAUGAUAAAGUGAUACAAGAACAUCUAGAUCCAAGGAGACCUAAACCUCAGCGAGAGGACCUUGUUGAUGUAUUGCUUCGACUUCAAAAGGAUCCAAGUCGAGAAGUUGCUCUCAGCAACGAUUCUAUCAAGGGUGCCCUGAUGGACAUGUUCAUAGCGGGGACGGAUACUUCCUCGGCCACAUUAGUUUGGACGAUGACCGAAUUGAUAAGGAAUCCACAUGCAAUGAGGAGAGUUCAAGAAGAGGUGAGAAGCGUUUGUGAGGGAAAAAAGAGAGUGCAAGAAAAAGAUCUUCCUCAGCUUGUGUACCUGAAAUCCGUAGUGAAAGAGUCUUUAAGAGUCCAUCCGCCAGCACCAUUGUUACUUCCACGAGAAACUAUAGAGGAUUGCAAAAUUGGAGAUUAUGAAAUCCCGGCAAGAACAAGGGUAUAUAUUAAUGCAUUAGCAGUAUCCAUGGACCCUAAAUCAUGGGAAAAUCCAAGUGAGUUUCGACCUGAGAGAUUCCUAGACAGCUCAAUUGAUUUCAGUGGACAGCACUACGAAUUAGUACCAUUUGGGGUAGGUCGUAGAGGGUGUCCCGGAAUGAAUUUCAGCGUUGUUUUGAUUGAGCUUGCACUUGCUAAUCUCUUGCAUAACUACGACUGGGAACUGCCUCAUGGUAUGUCAAGGGAAGAUUUAGAUAUGCAGGAAGCUUUUGGUGUUACAAUGCACAAGAAAGCUCCUCUGUGGCUAGUGGCUAGCCCAGUGCCAUAUUGUGGUGCAGGUCAUUAAGAAGUAUUAUUUUCAUGUCUUUCCUAAUUAAUAUUAUAUUAUGUCUUUAUAGCAAAACAAGUUGUUCCAUUUGUUGUGCCUAUUAUUUAUAUUCCCUAAAAUUUUAAGUUCUAUCACCACAGAUUUAAAAAAUAUUUACUUC